CUUGAGUCUCCGGUUCAAGAGGCUUACAUCAGCUCAUAAUGCGAAGCUUAUAAGCACCCCUCACCAAGUUCAGGUACUGUUGCGCUACUAGCUACUGCGAAUGAAGUGUUAUGGUAGUAUACGAUGGAGCCAGUGCAGCUGAAAGUCAAUGGUGUCAAGAUAUAUGAAGCUUUCAGAAAGGCAAGCCAGGUUGACGAUGUCUCAGACGCUUCAACAGUACGAUAUCUGCAGUAUCAAAAAGAGAGGUUUCAGCUAUGGGCCCGUAGCUUGGGGUUGUUCCAACAGGGUCAUGCAUCCCUGGACUAUCGUGUCCGGGACGUGUUAGUCAUGAAGCAGCCAAUGUCGUCUAUGUUGCAGGGGCUGCUCGAAAAUCUCGAAGAGUUGGCUUCGAUUUUAUUGGGACAACGCCCUCCCUUCGAGGAACAACGUCACAAUAAGUCUACGAAGAGGGAGGAUAACGAAACUGAAGAAGAAGAUGGAAAUGAAGGCUCAGAUAACAGUGGCAGUGAACCGAGCAGCAUAGGCAGUUCAGAUACCCAGCCAGACAGCGAGAACUCAUUCGGUGAGGCUCAAUAUCGACUCCAACUGAUUUCUGAGGCUAUCGAUUCGCUUUAUAGCUUGGCUACAAAGAUCCGAAAUCCGAAAAACCGGCCUCAGAGAUCAUUAGAUCAAAUAUGUAAGCAUGUACCGCCUCAGCACCGGGCUGGUUACAUCCAGGAGCGCGAGAACUUGGAGACCAUGGUGGUGGCUUACGUGCAACGCCAGCAAGUGCUAGAUCUCUUGGAAGACUCGCAACAGAACACGCCCCAAGAUGAACUAUCUCAGUACUGUUCGGAGGAAAAUUGGCUAAUCCGUCGCGCCGGGGUUGCUAAUGCACGCCGAAAGCUGCAAUUUGUGUAUUGGAGAGAGCAUACUCGACGUCUUGGGGAUCCGACGCUCGAACCUCGUGAGAACCAAGCGAUUAGAGAAAAGAACAGGAACAAGGGUAUCACGCUGCUUGCUGCAGGCUCAGGUAAGGAUAAUGACGAGUCUGUAAUUCAGCCUGCGAGCUCCGUACCGCGGCAGUCCAUGGCUACAUCUGCUACUAAUAUAUCUCCUGGCCUCCUCAAACCCCAUGACGCCAUCUCGGUCAUUUCACGUCAGAGUCGCGUGUCGACUGUCGUCGGCCCAACUGGGGAUAAAGUCACGUGGCCUCCUCCCCCCCUCCAUCUCGCCGAAGGGAGGAAAUUCUUUUCGUGUCCUUAUUGCUUUUUGCUUUGUCCGGGCAGCUAUCUGAGUUCCGAUUCUUGGCGAAAUCACCUCAUUCAUGACUUACAGCCAUAUCACUGCACAUAUGAAGCAUGUCAAGACCCGAAUCGUCUAUAUGGCUCAAGGCAGGAAUGGAUCGACCACGAAACCCAACAUACUCGAGUCUGGCAUUGUCAACAGCACACCAAGGAGUUUCCAACCCAGCCGGAGUAUGUUGAACACCUGCAACAAGACCAUGUGGAAGCAAAGCCUGAGCAUUUCUCUGCUGAGUUGCUAUCUUCUGUAGUAGGACCUUCCACGAAGCUUCAAAGAGAUUGCCCAUUUUGCCCAACAGGUCUUGGUUCCUUGAUUGAAAUGCAGAGACACUUGGCAUUUCAUAUGGAGCGCCUGGCUCUACUUGCACUACCACGGGAUCAAGGCGAUAUGGACACAGAGCGGGGUAGUAAGCCGUCAGAGGAAAGUCAUGAGGCACAGCAAAGGGGCCGUACGAGAUCCACGCGCGAAGAUUUCGAUGGUGAGGAAAACUUCACGAUUGACGAAGAUGCAAACGAAUACGCCAGUAGGAAGUAUCAAAGGAAGUACCAAACCACAAGAACCCUGCCGCUUACAGAAGGUGACAUGGAAAGAUUGUCCCUUUCCACUCCAACAUCGGGAAUCGAUUCGUCUAUAUCCCUCUGGCUUGAUGACAUUAAGACGUCCGAUUCUCUUGAUGAUACGACUUCUGGCGAUAGUGGGAAACUAGCGGAAUCAUUUAUAUCUCUGUGGCCAAAUGUCGUCAGGACGACAUCCAAUUUCUCCGAAGACGAGAGAUCCGAUGGGCACUCUUGUGUGUCAGGAGAUUUUGACAUAAAGUAUCCCAAGUCUUUUCAUCGGCUUCAUAUCGACCGGCAGGUCCGUCGUUUUCUCAAGAAAGUGAGGACGGCUCCAAGGAACACCCUUCUCGAACCCAUUCGCUCGCCAGCGUACCCUCCUCCUGCGCAGCCGACGAUACUGGCGCCGGGAGGUGCCGAACUCUCACAGCUACCGAGCGCACAAGGCUAUGUUGAAUACUUGGGUUGGAUAGGCCCACCUGGCUCAACUGCUACGGGUUCCGGUACUAGCCAACCACGUACCGGUAGAGAGGCCCGUCCUUCUGUAUCGAACUACCAUACACAGGUCCUAUUCAUCCCAUAUAAUAGUCGCAAGAUUCUUGAGCGCUACCUCGGGGAGAUCCUUGGGACUAAUGACUUCUUCAUCGAGUCGAUUUCAGGUUUUCAAUAAUCGGUGGACGGUCAAGGUGCCGCAAGUCCUUAGUGAGACGCAGAUCAAAGAUCUUGAGACGAGAAUCCGAAGGCGUUAUGAUAGAUUCUAUGAGCAAGAACAAAGAAAUUGGUAGUAUAUAGCUAGAAGGGGUCGGAAUGCCUAGACUCCUGACCUUCUAGACGUCACGCAACGAGAAGAUUUCCACCGUAUACCUCGUACCUUGUUCGUGACAGUACCCAAAAGGCACUUAGACAAGUAUAUUGAGUAAAUGUAGUUUCGGCUUCUGAGAACAAUGCCCGGAUUAAUAACAGGAGCUUAA